AGGCAAUGUCACAGCACUUUCUCAGUUGUUUGAUAACAGCAAAACACAAGAGCACAAAUCUGCCGAUGGAGAUGAAUGUAAUCUUUUCCCUCUUGUGGUUUAGCUGCUUUAUUUCUUAUACAUGUUCUGCUAAUCAUGAGACUACAACAGAAGGAAACUUAGAAACAACGAUUAAAGUGCGCAAUAGACGAAAACUGCCAAGGGCACGGGACACUUUAGGAAGAUUUACAAAUGCGACUGAGAUGUACAAUGAAAAUGAUGCCAGUGAAAAUAGUGAGAAAGAAAACAAUGUGAUGCAAAAUACAUUACUACUUCAGAGACUACAAGAUCGUCUUACAGCUGUUUUGACCAUGGAGGAACAGAUUCUAAGGAAAACAGAAACAAUUGAAUAUCGGCUAACAAAGCUAGAGGUGCAGAUGCAGGAAAAGAGUGAAAGUGUGAAGUCAGAACUCCGGGAAGUAAGUCGAAGAGUACAACAACUUGAUUGGCAGAGCAGUAAAAUUGAUUCAGUUCUUGAAUCUAUAAAAAUGGAUACAAGUGCCCUGAACCAAGGACAAGAACAUCUGCGAGGGAUGUUCUCAGAAACAAGAAGCAGAGCAAUAAAUGCAGCAGAAACAAGAUCAGACAAUCAGCUAAGCAUUGUUCGAACUUCCAUUCUCAGUAUCCUGGGAAUAGUGAAAAACUUACAGAAUGUUGCGGUUAACACACAGAGAAACUUCACAACAUUAAUCAAUGCAACAAAAUCAUUAUCUUCAAUAAGCACCAAAUUGGCUACAAAGCAAGAUAUUCAUUCUGCUACCAUGGAAAUAAGACAGGAUUCUUUUAUCUCUCCUUUGGUGAGAGAACAAUUUACUCCACACAUGAAACUGCAAGCUGAAGAAGAUGAACAACUCCCUGAAGAUUGCAAAGCAUUGCAGCAAUAUGGUAACAAUAUUUCUGGGGUGUAUAAAAUAAAGCCAAAAUUAUCCACAAAAGGAUUCUUUGUCUACUGUGAUCAAGAAACCCACAAUGGAGGUUGGACAGUUAUCCAAAAUCGGUACGAAGGUUCUGUAGAGUUCUUUCGGAACUGGCAUGACUAUAAAUAUGGAUUUGGGAACUUAGCUGGAGAAUUCUGGCUGGGACUGGAAAAAAUACAUAUAUUGUCCAAUGAUGUGAUACAUGAACUAUUAAUUGAAAUGCACGAUUUCACACUCACUAAGACGUACGCCCUCUACUCCGCAUUUUCUGUUGGAACAGAACUUGAAGGCUACCCAAUCUCUAUACUUGGAGACUAUGAUGGAGAUGCAGGUGAUUCACUAAUUUAUCAUGCUGGAAUGAAGUUCUCUACUUAUGACAUGGAUCACGACAACUGGUCUGAUGGAAAUUGUGCUGAGUCUCACACUGGAGCUUGGUGGUAUAAUGGAUGCGAUACAAGCAAUCUGAAUGGGCGUUAUCUUGGUGGUGAAGUGCAAAGCACUCAUGAAUACCAAGGAAUGUACUGGUAUGACUGGCAUGGCCCAAGCUACUCACUGAUGAAGACACGAAUCUCAAUUAGACCAAAUCCAAAAGCAUACAUUUAUGUGAAAAAUAAUGGAACACAAUCACAGCUCAAAAAACUUAAAAAUAGAAAGCAUGGAUCACAAGGAGAAAAGCUGAAGAUAACAGAAUCUAAUGCAGCUAAUGAAACUGAAUCUCUGGAUGGAAACAGUCAUCAUUCAACUAGCAAAAUAUCUGACCAAGAAUCAAAAUGAAUGAAAUAAAACUCAAUCUACUCUGAACAAGUGUAACAUUCCAGUUCAAUAACUGGAUCGUUAAUGGGAUAAUGAAAUGUAUUGUAGCUUGCAAAACUGAAAUAAAGAAACCAAAAACACGCAAAAGCCUACUAAAACAGAAACCAA